AUGGCUACACCAAACGCACCACCAAAUGGAAUAAGAUCAAAAAGAACAGAAACGAAAUCACAGUACAAGUCUAGGACCGCAGAUGUUACUCCAGAGCAGCUUCGUAAGAUUAAAGGUUACAGAUUGAUGGCAGCGGGUGCAAUUUUCCUUAUAGUCCCAUCUCUAGAAUUAUAUCGUCGACUUUAUGCUGGCGGGGAAAGACGUAUCCAACAGGGCGAGUGGAAUCCAUUGGAUGGAACUAUCAAGCAAUGGGAAGAGGAAGAAAAGAUAAAGAAUUUUAAAAGCUCCUGGCUGACUAGGAUAUUUGGUGAAAAAUAG